UUCACAAUUAGACACCGGAGAAUAUUGUACAUUAACAACGGUUGCGCUAGAUUGUGUCGCCAGUGUUUUUUGUGGUCGAUGCGUGUUUGUUUUUCUUGUUUUCUGGAAUAUCAAGUCUGAGCUAUCUGUUAAUUAAUUGGUUUUCGUAGUGUGUAGAAAAAUCGAAUUUGAGAAUUGUGAAGUGUGUGAAAUUCAAAUACGAAAUCGACGCGAAAAGUAUUGAUAAACGGAAAGAGAAGUGUGUGCAAGUUUUAGCGAAAAUCUUUGUUUUUGUCCAAAGGCAAAAUAUGCUUGAAGUCAACAAAAGAAGGUUAAAUUUCUAUGCGUGAGAUAAAUGAAUGCAAAGUGCAAAGCAUAAGUGGAGAAAGAAAAGAAGCUUAAAAGCCAAAAAGAUAUGUGGCGUGUGUGAAAGAGCAAGAUAAUGAGAAAAGAGCAGAAUACAUAAUCUUAAAAGCUGUGCAAAACAAGAUUCGAAAAGGGAAAUGUGCGUUAAAUGGUAAAGUGAUAAGCGGAAAGGGAGUCUGUUAAAGAGUAAUAAAAGUGUUGAGUGAGUGUGUGUGUGUGUGUGGUAGAGAUAAAAUAUACAAAGUGUAUGAGAAAAAAAUAAACAAAAACAUAAAUAUUUUGAGCUGCCUCACUUCGGUAUAAAUUCACUGCACAAGUAUUCGUGUUGUUUAGCUCUUUCGCUAAUUAUUUGCGUUCAAUUAGGUGUGAGAUUUGGAUAUUUUGAAAAAAAAAAUAUAAAAGAUAAAAUUAUGGUUAUAUCCACUUCACUUAUACUACAAUAAAUUGGUUUAAUGUUUGAAAAUUGCAGCAAAUGUCAACAGCAAGCAAAUAAACAAAGCAAAAAGAAGGUGCGGUGAACAUAAACAAACCCAAUAACACAGCACACCACCCCCGUGAGAGUGUGACGCAGGCAUACAUGAAUACAUACAUAAGUGCAUAUGCAACUGCAAUGCACACGUAAAUACUCUGCAGCAAACGCAAUAAUAACAACACCAAAAAAUAUAUUUUUUUUUUUGCACUUGACGCGUCCCCGCAUUGACCUCGUAUUUCCGUCUGCGGCUGAGAAAUAGAAAUAAAACAAAGAAAUUCAUUGAAUAUCAAAAGAAAAACGUGGUACGCAAGCAGGCGUGGCGUCAAUCAAAGGGAAAUGUAAUGUUGUCGGCUCAUCUGCAUCUGCAUGCAUUGACAAUGAACAGCACUUCUACUGUCUACAACAACAACCGUUGUCAUUCUUUGCACCAUCAUUGCUGACUGCAUAUACCGUAUAUAGCCAACGUAUCCUUUGCUUUGCUCCCCACUUGAUCUCAACUUUUGUAAAGUGUGUGUGUGCCGUGCUGCUCUCCAGUCGAACGGCCCAAAUCCCUAAGGCCUCGUCAACACAAGCCUCAACGCUAAUCCAAACGCAUAUGUCUGUUGUGGGGACUUAUAAAUUGUCCUACAUACACACAUGCAAUAUUGUUCUUUAUUCUUGUAAGAAAUUAAUUGCACUGCGUGUCUGUUGCCUGCUUCUUCACAGCCCUCACUUUGUCUGACUCGAGUUUGUUUUUUUUUUUAAAUAUUUUUUUUUUUGCACAGCUGUGCUGUAAACAAAAUAUUUUAGAACUGCUGAAAGAUGUCGCGACAACAAAUUUUAUCAUCAAACAACCAAACUGCAAUUGCCAGCAAAAUGCUGCUGGUGUGGCUGCUGGUCACCAUAUGUUGCUGGCAAUCAACGUUCGCCAACGCCAGUGAAAAUGCACAGAGUAAAGCACAUUCAUCAUAUCCACAGACUGGGGAUUUUUUUCCUGCCCUUAAUGAGUUCUCAAGUCAUUCCGUGAUACGCCCAGAGGUUUGGCAUGGGCGACAUAAACGCGCUAUGCGUAGCACAUUGGAUGCGGAGGAUAGCCAACAUGUUCCGCACAUCACACUCACGUACCAGCAUGAAGGUCAACGCGUACAAAUUGACCUGCAUCGCAACGAUGAGUUACUGCCAGCCGAGCAUUUUCUCCGCUAUCAGAAUUCGCACACGCCAACGGGGCGUGUAAUAAAAAAUUUCACAAAGACUGAAUUGGAAUUAUGUCAUUACCAGGGCACAAUACGCGGCAAACCGCAUUCGAAUGUUGCCAUAUCCACAUGCAACGGUGGUGGUAUAAAUGGUGUAGUCUUCGAUGGCAUGGAUACAUAUUUCAUACACUCGGGUAGUGAUGGACGUUUGCAUGAUGAUCAUUUUUUAUUUCGACACGUUGAUUUGUUGAAUAAAAAUGCCACGUGCGGCUAUAAUACGGUUACCGACAACCACGUCCACUUACAUGAUGAUCAUGUCAAGGCUGAAAAUUUAUUGCAAGAACGCGAUGAGCCACCUCAAGUGCCAAUUCACUUGGAUGGCUCGGAAUUCAAUCGAAUUUUAAGGUAUAAAAGAUCCUAUGAGAAUAAUGAUGUGAUACGUGGUCCCUACAAUGCCAACAAACAUUCAUCUUAUGUGGAAUUAGUGAUUGUGGUUGAUAAUAAAGUCUAUAAAUCUUUUGGGGAAAGUCCAAGGAAAGUGCAUCAGCAUUGCAAGGAUUUGGCUAAUAUAAUUAAUGCGUUAUACGUGCCCUUAAAUAUCUUUGUUGCGUUGGUGGGCGUGGUCAUCUGGAAUGAGUACAACGAAAUUGAAUUCUCUACCGAUGGCGAUUUGACGUUGCGUAAUUUCCUCAACUAUCGACGAACAAAACUGGUGCUUGAUCAUCCCAAUGAUAAUGCGCAAUUGCUAACCAAAGAGAAUUUUAGCGGCGGUGUUGUCGGCAAAGCGCUGAAAGGUCCCAUAUGCACGCAUGAAUACUCCGGUGGCGUUUCCAAUGAACAUAGCCAAAUUGUUGCGGUGGUCGCCACGACCAUGGCACACGAGAUGGGUCACAAUUUUGGCAUGGAACACGAUUCAUCCGACUGCCGUUGUCAGGAUGAAAAAUGCAUAAUGUCCGCCUCGUCCACCUCUGUGGUGCCGGUGCAUUGGAGUAGCUGCAGCAUUGACCAACUGAAUAUAGCCUUCUCACGCGGCAUGAACUAUUGCCUGCGUAACAAACCCACCAAACUGUUCGAGUCGCCGCAAUGCGGUAAUGGUUUCGUAGAGCCCGGCGAACAAUGUGAUUGUGGGUUGCCCAACUAUUGUGAAAAUACCUGCUGUGACCCGUACACUUGCAUGCUGCACACGAAUGCCUCGUGUGCCACUGGUGAAUGCUGUGAUUUGAGUACAUGUCGUCCCAAAGCGGCCGGACAGGCGUGCCGUGUGGCAGAGAAUGAGUGUGAUUUGCCUGAAUUCUGUACUGGUGAAUCGGAGUACUGUCCAGCAGAUGUGUUCAAACGUGACACCGAAGAGUGUGACAGCGGUCAAGCGUAUUGCUUUGAAGGCAAUUGCCGUUCGCAUUCGCAACAAUGUCGCAUACUAUGGGGACCGACGGGCGAGAGUUCGGAGCAUUGCUAUAGUAAGAAUACGGAAGGCAAGCGAGGCGGCAAUUGUGGCUUCGAUCGAAUCAACAAUACAUUCAUACGCUGUGAGGAUGAGCACGUACGUUGUGGAAUGUUGCAUUGUCGGCAUUUGAAUGAGCGUUUGGAAUUCGGCAUGGAAUCGGCAGCGGUAUUGUCGCAUUCAUUCAUCAAUCAUGAGGGCAAUAUAGUGCCGUGCCGCACAGCAUUAGUCGAUUUGGGGCUGCAGAGCACCGAUCCGGGGCUAACACCGAACGGCGCCAAGUGCGGCGAUGACAAAAUGUGUGUUAACCAAAAGUGCCUGACGAUAGAGCGUGUGCGUGCCACGGGGCUCGGCAAGCAGUGUCCAGAUAAUUGUAAUGGCAAUGGUGUAUGCAAUAGUUUGGGUAAUUGUCACUGUCAUGUGGGCUAUGCGGGAACGACAUGUCGUGUGCCAGGACCUGGUGGCUCCAUCAAUAGUGGACCGGCAACAUCACCGACCAGUCAUCAAGCCUUCCAGAACUUCAUGUAUAUCUUCUUCUUUGGCGUCAUACCAUUUAUGGUGCUCAUCAUCUGGCUCACAUACUAUGUACGCAAUCGACGCUUCUUCUUUGGCGGCAAACUGGCCGAAAAUAUCAUUAAAGCCGCCAGUGGUAAGCAACAACCCGCUCGGCCUGAUCACGGCCCACAUGGUGGUGGCGGUAGCGGUGGCAACAAUGGUAGCGUUGGCGUAAACAGCCUUCCCAAGUCAACGCCCAGCAGUACGGAUGAUAUGAAUUCCGCGCUGCUGAAAUCCCCCAGCGAUUCGAAUGACACCUCUGUUGGCAAUGGCAUGUUCGGCAAAUUCAAAGGCUUCACACUACGCCCGCUUAACGAUACCACCUCGCCGACCAACAAUUUCAACGCACCCAAUGUUGCUUAUGUACAGCCCACUGUACAGGAUACGGCAACCUUGAAUGGAGGUGUGCCACAACGCUCUGCGCCACCACCACCACUCAUUAAAGGCUCCAGCUCAAUGGAUGCAUCACAGUCCAAUCGUUGGAUGCCACCACCAACAAAUGCUAAUGCCGCUAGUGCACCCGCACUACCACCACCUAAUCCAGGCUCGAAUGCCCGCCCGAUCAUAUCGAUGCCAGUGCUGGAGAAUUCAACGAUGACCCUACCGCUUCGACAGUCAAGCGGUGAGAUGUCACCAACGCGUGCCGCCCCCUUACCGCCUGGUACGAGUGCUGGCCAAUCUGGUUCGCUACCACGUCCGGCGCCACCACCGCCGGUGCCUUUACAUGCAGAUCCCAAAUUGAAUGUGAAACGCGAUGGCACCAUAAGACGUAUAGCGUCCUUCCUGAAAAAGGAGGAGAAGGCACCGCUAAAAGAGAAAACCUAUAUUGAUCGUGAAAAGCUGAAGAAUAUUGAGAUAUCCGCGCCAAUGCCUGUUGCGCCACAAGGCGAAUCAUCCAACUCGGACUCUGAGACCACGCCAAAGGAGGAAGAAACUAAAAAUCUGGUGAAGCGCGCACAGUCCAUGCGAUCGCCAACAAAGAAGACAAAUAUACAGACAUUCGGGUCUAUGCGUUACGCGCCCGGUAGCGCUCGGCCAAAGAGUGUAGCGGCAGCCGCAGCUGCCUCACGUCCUAAAAGCCCACCGCCGCGUCCACCACCAUUGAAGAAAACCAAUUCGACAACUUCCUCUGGCUAUGCAUUGCCGGUUGGUACUGCCAAGUCGAGCGUGGAUAAUACUUAUGAUGAUUGCGAGUUCGUCGAAAAGCCGCUGACCACAGUAGGCGAAUCGAAUGAAGUCGAUUCGCCCACCUCAACGGAUAACAUCUAUUCGGUUAUUGAUGAAAUACCGCCCGCAGCACAAACAGUAAAACGCAGCGAUUUCAUAAGUGAAAACAGUGAGAUGGGCUUGUUGGGUGAGAUAGUGAAUGAAAUUGAGAAACGUAAUGGCGACUCCAUUUACACCGCAUCAACGCUCGUAAAGAAUAAGUCGCCAAAUGCUGAUGAGACAAAAAGCACAGCGGCCGCAGUGAAGACAAAGUCAAGCGCGCCAACAGCGCCAAGUGCUAAUGCCAACCCAAACGUGGAGAAGAACGCGGUAAAGGCAACCGCCAGUGCGUCUGCGCCUGCAGCACAAACUGUGCCUACCUACCUACGACCGGCGCCAGUGAACGCGCCAGUUGCGCGUGUAGCGCCCACGCGCGCCGAUCUCACAAACGCCACCACAGCGUUCUCCAGCUUUAAACCCUCUAACGCUGCGCCUGUAGCAACAACAACAGCAUCGGGGAGCAACAGCGUCACCGCUAUAAAUAAAACGAAUGCAGCGGCAACUAAUCGGCUGAACAGCAAUAAUAGCACAAGCACCAACGCGGCAGCAAGAAAUCGUUUAUUUAAUAAAACGCCUAGCACUACGACUGCAACGCCAACAAAUGCAACACGCAGUAACAGCACAGCACUGCCCUCCGCCACAAUAACAAAACCCAAGCCGCUCUCCGCGAAACCCUCAUUCAACAGUCAAAAGAAGGUGACGCCCGCGCCCACCGUCGCUGGUACUACAGCUGCGGCAGCGCGCUUGGCCGCCACUGGCACGCCACGCACAGCGCCCACUAUCAAGGCGAGCAACAUAGCAUCACUAACGCAGCGUUUCGAGAAGAACGCCACAAGUACCGGUGCGCGGAAAUAAGUUAAACAGAAACGCGCGUUUUGGACUUGCAAUUGAGUGACUGCAUAUGCUUCUUCUUCGUUGGAUUUGCUUAGCAUAAGGCUUAAGUAAAGAAGCGGCGACACAUAAGUUUUAUCUUACAUACAUAAACCAAACUGAUAUUUAUUACUACUUACAAAUAUACUUGUAUAUGUGCUAUGUUAGGUUGGACAAACCGCUUUCGCUUGUAACAGCGUCGGUUACUCUCAUUUUGAGCUAUCGCACCACACUAUUUAUUAAUAAUGCGAGCUUGUAAUGAAAUUCAAACGAAAAGUGAACAAUUAAAUUUAUUAAGCAAAAUUCAUAAAAAAAGAGUUAAGUCGAAGAUAUUAAAUCAAUUCAAAAGUGAUAUUCAUUCCUUGACAUAUUAUAGCGUCGAACGAAAUCGUUGUGCGAGUAGUUUUAUGUAGAUUGUAAAUAUUGUGCUCCUAAAAUUAUGCUAUAUAUUUUUUUUUAAUGUUAAUAUUAUUUUAUGUGAAAAGAUAUAUGUAAUUUGUGACACUCAAUUCGUAUGUGGUAGCUUUAUGAAAAAUGUCCUAGUUUUAUUUAUAUACAAUAUUUUUAGUAAAAUAAAUUUUUAAUUACAUUU